AAAAUGAGCUGGUCUGGAGGAGAUUGGAUGUGUGGUGCUUGCCAGCACAUAAAUUUCAAGAAGAGAGAUUCAUGCCAAACUUGUGGAUACCCUAAAUUUGGAGGUCCCGACCCAACAACUUACAGAUAUAACUGGACUGAAGCCUUGGCAGGGGACUGGUAUUGCACUUCUAUGAACUGUGGAGCUCAUAACUAUGCCAGUAGAUCAAGCUGCUAUAGAUGUGGUGCAUUGAAGGAUGGUUAUUCUUGCAGAUUUGGGGGAAACAUGGAUCCCUGUGGAGGAUAUGCUUCUGAUUGUCCUCCUGGGUGGAAAACUGGUGACUGGAUUUGCAGUAGAAUUGGGUGUGGAGUUCAUAACUAUGCGAGCAGAAGAGAAUGUUUCAAGUGCAAAACAGCCAGAAAUUUUGGUGACGCCGACUGAGAGGGGAAAUUUCAACCACCGCUAACUUCACAUCUUUCUUAUGAAAACUUGUUUUGAGUAUCCUCUGAUAGAGUGAGAGGGUUUCCUUUCGUUCAUGUUUUGACAACAAACUUAUAUUUUCCUUCAAUAUAUAUAGUUUUAUUUUUAAUCGA